GCCCGCCUGCCCAGCGAUAGCGCCAUAGCGGCGACCGGCGAGCUCCAAUAUCACGCGGAUCGGCGGCGGCGCCCUUGCCCCGGAGCCCCGCGGCGGCGCGGCCCUGUCCCCGUUCCCCGCCCCGGCGGUAGGCAGCCCCGUCUCCUGUCGAGCGCUCCCACCACCCCAGCCCCGGCGCCCCCGCUCCCAGCCCGACCGCUGUAUCCGCGGCGACCGGCGUCCCGAACGGACGCGGCCCGAGCGCCUGGCUCACAGAAAAUCUGCACACAAAACUACAAAAGUUUAAGGUCACCAAGAACCUUGCAGGAUAACACAAGUGCUGGAUUUUGGAAAUGGACCAUGGGCUUUAUGCUCCACAACAUGGAUGGGAGAACAACAGUGUAAUUGCAGUCUUUUCCUUUACUAACUACUGAAGAUGAUGAAAUAGCAGAAUUUUGGCCAUGUGAUUGGCCUCUGUGUAUCCAGCCUUUAGUUGUAAAGGAGUUCAAGAAGAGGCCGUUGCUUAAAUGGAAUGGAUUUACCUGCCUGUUCUGUAGAAUUUGUUGCUGACUCCACUUAUUCUGUUGAAUCUACAGGCAUCAAAUGGGUAUGGUGCAAUCAAUGAGCCAGAUUUUAGGUAAGGCAACUGGUCAUUUAGUGUUCUGUUAACUGGGAUAUUCAUGUCCUUUAUUCCUGUAAAAACGUCAUUUUUUUUUCUCUAGCAAGCUGAUAUAUGUUUUUAUUUGGUACUGGGUUAACUCUUCAACAAGUUCUCUUCUUUUGUGAUUUGUGUCAUGCAUUUAAUAUUUAUAUAGUGUUCUGUCAUAUUACCAUAUCUUCCCCUAUUAACUUAAUUUGCAGGUCUGGUGGAUCCUACAAUGGUAGGAGAUCUGUGGAUGAAGGUUUUCCUAGAGAUUCAUAUGGGAGGGGUGCAUACUGUCAGGAUACACAUGAUAGAAAUAUGUAUGCACCACCGCCAUCUGUUGGUGGAAUAUGGUCUCAGCCUCGAAGGAAUCAUGAUGAGGAAUAUGCAACUGCAAGAGAUCACAGAAGGCACAAUACUGAUUAUCACAAUGAUGGAAAACAUCAUGAGUUUGAUUCAUACAGAGUUGAUAGACUCCAUGAUAAUUAUCAUGCUACUGACAGCUAUUAUGAAUCUGGCAGUCGCCCUGAUUUUGGUGUUGAUAGGAGCAAAAGGAUUGGAAGCAGAGAAAGUGCGGAGUUUCAUGGUGAGUUUGAAGACCGGUACCACAGUUCUAACCAAAGCAGAGAUGACAGCUAUGAGAGAGAUCAUGAAUAUGGUCAUUAUGAUUAUGAUUCGGACCAUGAGAGAGGCAGGAGAGAUAGUAGCUGGAAAAGACGCGAUUCAUGCGAGAGCAAACGUGAAAGAAGUGGAUUAAGUCGUGAAAGAGAGGAAAGUCCAUACAUGCGCCAUAGCCGUUCUCGAUCACAUGGACGUGAUGACCGAUCAAGAUCAUGGUCUAGAUCAAGAUCUCCUCGUGCGAGAAGUCAUGGUCGGAACCAAAGAGAUGGCCUGUAUGAUGAUAAUCGAUUUGACAGAAGAAGGGAAUAUGAUUGGGAUGAUAGGAGGCAUGGUGAUUCAGUGGCCCCAUCUGCCACUGUUGUUGUCAAGGGACUGUCUAUGAAGACUAAUGAUGAUGACCUAUAUCAGAUUCUUUCUCAGUGGGGCCCUCUACGCAGUGUACGUGUGAUCAAGGAACGGAAUUCUGGCAUGUCUCGUGGAUUUGCUUUUAUUGACUUCUCCACUGUGGAAGCUGCCUGUAGAAUGAUGGAAGCUACUGGAAAGAGUGGUCUCCAAAUUGAUGGCAGGAAUGUGUUCUUUCAGUACAGUAGUAAACCAACCGGUGUAAUGGGUGGGUCUUCUCCUGGACAAGAAAAUCUUACAAGGCCUACUUAUGGGCCCCGCACUGUUGCUGCACUCUGUGACUGGAUUUGUUCUAUAUGCGGAUGUAUGAAUUUCGCCCGCAGGACCUCCUGUUUUCAGUGCAAUGAACCUCGUGCUGAGGAUGCUCUACCAGCUGAUGCGACAGGUUCCUCUCCACACUUUGGGAGAAAGGGAUCUGAACUAGGUCCAACUCAUGUUUUAGUUGUUCGUGGCUUAGAUGAAAAUGCUGAUGAGGAAAUGCUUCGGUACGAAUUUGCUAAGCACGCACCAUUAAAGGACAUCCGCCUUGUUCGGGAUAAGUUUACUCAUGUGUCUAGAGGUUUUGCCUUCGUUCAUUUCCAUUCGGUGGAAGAUGCUACGAAAGCUCUGGAAGCUACAAAUGGGAUUACACUCGAGAAAAACGGUCAGGUUUUGCGUGUAGCAUAUGCUAAAAGUACACAUGGACCUGCAUCAGGGGGCUCACAGUCAAACAGCCUUGCUGCAGCUGCCAUUGAGGCUGCAUCAUUUGCUCAACAGUAUGAUGCCAUAGGUUGGGCUCCAAAAGAGUACAAUCCUGAUGACAAACAGAACAGUAACUUUGAAUCUCAAAAAGACGAUGGCAGUGGCACAGCACAGUCGGGAUUUGUUUGGGAUGAAAAAUCUGGUUACUACUAUGAUUCUGCAUCUGGAUUCUAUUAUGACGGAACAACUGGCCUUUACUAUGACAGCAACUCUGGAGUUUGGUAUUCGUACGAUCAACAGACUCAACAGUAUGUCCCUUGUACUGACCAGAGCAAUACUAAGGCAGCCGGGGAGACGUCCAGUGAAAACAUGAUCUCAGAUAGUAUUUGUGGGAAAAAGGUUGUGAUCUCUGCGCCUGCUGCCACAAUUAAACAAAACAAGAAAACAUCACUCCCUGAUGCUGUUCAAGCUGCUGCAAAUGCAGCCCUGGCUGCAGAAAAGAGAGAAAAGGAGAAGGCAAAAGAGAUUAAGUUGGCCUCAAAAAGUAGUCUCAUAGCUAAUAAGAAGAAGAUGAACAAUGUCCUAGCCAUGUGGAAGCAAAGGAAUCAAGAAGGGCAGGCCGCACGGAUUGUCAUUGAUGACAAAGAACCACCAAAUUCUGAUGAUAGAUUUAAUCAUUCACAUAGUGGAACUGGUUUCUCUUCGAAAAGCAAGCCAAAUUUUGAAUUUGAAAAUGCUAUGGAUAAUUCUGUUCGCCAAGGAAUUGCAUCGACCCAAAUGUUGGAUUCUGAUGUAAAGCCUAGACCUGUCAGUAACAGCUUAGGUACUACAGUUAUGGGUGUCAUAAGAGGUUCUACUAGAGGAGUGAUCAAGUCGGAUACUACGUUUCAUGCAUUAUCUGAUGCCGGGAGCACUGAUUCCCGCACCACUAUAAUCACAAGAUCAAAUGGGUUAAUGACAAGUCCUGUGGAACUUGUAACUCCUGCACCCUACAAAACUGAUGUGUCUGCCUUAGUCUCUAAUACUUCAUCGGGAGUUUCUGGGAGUGGUAAACGUCGGUUUUCUGAGGCACCAGGGCAAUCCCAGUACAGGGAUCGAGCUGCAGAAAGACGGAAUCUGUAUGGAUCAUCUCUUCGCACUGAUGCUGUUGGAUUGGAUUCAACUUUUUAUUGAUUUUCUGGAAAUUACCUGUUGUCAAGCUGGUCACUAUCCGUCCCGAAAGGGUCCAAGUGAGAUAGGGUCGAUGCCAUUUCCUCCUGGCGUGGGUGAACGUUCUAAUGGUGAAAUUGGCAACAACGAAAACUAUGAAGUUAUUACCGCUGAUAGCGCAAUCGACGAAAGCAAUGUGGGUAACCGUAUUCUACGCAACAUGGGUUGGCAAGAGGGACUGGUAAGUUCAUGUCCCACAUAUUUCUCAGUUUGAGAUGCUCUCAGGCUUGAUAGCAUUUUCCAUGAGUGUUUAUGCCUCUUCUUUAUUUCUCUUGCUAAUGCAAUUGCAUCUGACUUUGCAAUCUAAUUUAUGUAAGUUUUUUAUGAGAAAAAGGUAAAUAUGCCUAUUUGUAAUAAGGCAGUUGUAUCAAAUUUAUUUUAAUGCAGCUCUCUGGUUUUAACCGGAGUACUUUGGAGCUUGGUACGCUAUUAGUAUGUUAGCAAAUCUUAAGCUUGUCUUGUUGAUCUCUUUACAGAAAUAAUUAAUGAAGUAUACCUCUGUGUCUUGACUUGAUUCUGAGUCCAUGUGCUUCCUUUGUGUCUAGACUCUACAAUGUAGGAAUCAGAAGUCACUGACAUACUUAGUCUGAGUGAGAAGAUGCCUAGUUUUUAGCCUAAGUGAGAAGAUGUCUAGUUUUUAGGUGCGUGCCUGUAGGGAAACAUCGCUUUGAGAACAAAGUGGUGGAAACUGAAAGGAAAGACGACAGAAGCCUUCAAGGAAAGGGUCAUCAAAGAGGGCACUCGGAAGAAGACAAACAAUAAUUGGGAGAAGAUGGCAACCUGCAUUCGGAAGGUGGCUUUAAAGGUGCGUGGAGCAAGUGAGCAACCAAAGGGAGUGGAGGCGAAGCUAAAGUUUUUUGGUGGUGGAAUGAGGAAGUCUAAAGGGACCUAUUAAGGAGAAGAAAGCAUGCUAUAGACGUUUGUACCAUGACAGGAGUGGACAACAUAGAGAAGUAUAAGGUAGUAAAAAAGACUCGUGGCAAAGGGUAGGGCGUACGAGGAUUUUUAUCAAACGUGAAGGAAGGAGGGUGAAAGGAGAGGACAUAUAUUGGGAUUGUUAGGGUUCAUGAGAGGAAGACAAGGGACUUCAACCAAGUUGAGUGUAUUAAGGACAAAACAGAGUACCUUUUCAUGGAGUAUGAGGUCAUAUGUAGAUGGUGAGGGUAUUUUAACAAAGUAUUUAAUGGGGACAAUGGGGAUGUAACCUUUACUACUCUUUCGAUGACACCAAUAAGCACUUUGUGCGUAGUAUCCAAGAAUCCAAGGGUAGAGAGGCAUUGAAAUGGAUGAAGGGGGUAAGAUGAUGGACCCUAAUGAUAUCUGAGACAUGGAUAUGCCUUGGGGACAUAGCUAUACUAUAGUUAACCAAGUUGUUUAACCAUAUCUUUUGGUCAAACAAGAUGUCUGACAAGUGGAGAAAUAUUUAAGGGAGAUAUUCAAAGUUGUAUUAGGUAUCGGGAAUUAAGUUUAUGAGCCAUACUACGAAGCUAUGAGAGAGUUAUCGAGCAUCAUCUCAAGGGAAUAACAACAAUCUCUGUGAAACCAAUUUGGUUUCGUGUCUAAAAAGUCAACCAUGGAAGCCAUUUUCUCAAUAAGACAAGUUAUGGAGUGAUGUAGGGAGCACAACCUACCCAUGGUUUUAAUUUACUUGGAGAAGGCCUACGAUAAAAUACCAAGGAAUGUUAUGUGGUGGGUUUGGUCAGACAUAAUGUUUUAGGGUGUGCUUGGUUCUGCUUUUAACACCUGUUUCUGCUUAAAAAAGUAGAAAGUUGGACCAUAGGUCUCCCACCCAGCCCUUGCUUUUCCCACCGCAGUUGCUUUUCCGUAGUUGAACUCAUGAAGGAGACAGAUUCUUGCUUUUCCAACGGUGGCAACAAAGUCAAGUUCGAAGAAUUUACCCACCUGACAUCGGUUAAGGGGCACUAGACUGUUAUUUCUCUUUCUUUCACCUUUUCUCUUUCAUCGUUUUCUUCACACUGUUCAAUCCAAAAGCUUAAGCUAUUAUAGAAGAAGGUAGUCAAUUCACUUAUACAUUUCAACAUCUUCACGCACGUGCAGCCAGAGAGGCGCAUACGUGGAAAUAAAGGGGCGGAGGCACAAACUUCUGUAGGUUUUGAACUUGAAACCUCUGAUUCCGAUACUAUGUUAGAGUGGAUGCAGUAACCAGUUCAACUCAAAAGUUUAAUCUAUUAGGAGAAGGUAGUCAAUCAACUUAUACACUUUAAUUUUUCAACACACAUCGAGUAGGGACCAAACAAAACCCAGAGAAAAGCUAGGGUUCGGCCGCAUGCCCUCCCACCAUCCCAGUACCAUAUCACUGUCCUCUACAGUAGCCUUGGCGGCUUCCGUAUGCGCGACCCCCUCUCCAGGAAGACGCUGUUUAGUUAUUUAGUUGUUUUUAAGUUAUUUUGUAGUUAUUUAUAUGUAUGAAAUGUUAUAAUAGGGGUUGAAGUAGACAUCUGAAUUAUUAGGAUAAAUUUAAUAUUUUGAAAUAGAUACGUAUAGGAUUUGGCGCUAAUAUUUAGUUAUGUUGUUAAACACAUUAUAAAAACAAGAAAAAAUGUCGCAUAUUUUUUGUGCAUUAUUUGCUUCCCACAACGAAAAACAUGAAAAAACAUUUGAAUCCAUAUUCAAAUUUUAUAUAUAUAUCAUUUGAGAAGAUAUAUGACAAAAUUUGACGUUUUCUUUUUAUGAAUCUUAACAAGUUCAAUGCUAAAAACAAGAAUACGGAUUUACACAACAGAUUAGCAGAUUCUUUAUUCACAAUCGAAGCAAAAACAAAAAAUUAACAUAUGAACCAAUAUCCGCUUGCAUCUCUAACUAUAAUGGUGAAAAUUAUGUCAAUCAUCACGAAUAAUGUUGCAUGUUGCACCACGGUCAAUUUGCAUAUAAACAGUCUUGCAAUAGAUCAUAUGAAGUCUACAUUCUCACAUCAGUUUGAACCAAACGACUUUUAGCUUUUUCACAACAAACAACUCUCAGCAGACAUCAUAAGCAAUUUUUCUCAAAGCAGACAACUGAACCCAGCGCACCUUUAAUGAAGUAUGUUGGACUCAUUAAGGACAUAUACAACAAUGUUGUGAUGAUGGAGACACGGAUGACUUUUCGGUUAGAAUAGGACUACAUCAAGGAUCAACUUUGAGCCCUUGUUGCAUUAGUGAUGUGUUACAAGGGGCAUAUAAGGGGAGAUGCCUUAGUGUAUGUUUUUUUAUGUAGUGCUAGAUGACAAAAGCCGGGCAGAAAAAUAGGAAAUUAGAGUUGUCACGGGAGACUCUAGAGCCCAAAGGUUUUAGACUCUUUAGAACUAAAACUGAAUAUAUGAGAUAUGAAUUUGGCACUACUACACAUGAGCAAGAUGUUUGGAGGCCAAGUAGUGCCCAUGAAAGAUAUCUUUAAGUAUUUAGGACCAAUGCUAUAAAGCGACGUGGAUAUCGAUUAAGAUGUUAGCCAUGAAUCAAACCUGUGUGGAUGAAGUGGCUUCAAGCAUGUGGUGUUUUAAAUGACAAGAGGGUACCACAGAAGCUAAAAGGCAAAUUUUAUAGGACGAUGAUUAUACCUGCUAUGUUGUAUGAUGCAGAAUGUUGGCCUAAAAAAAGACAUGUUUAAUAGACAAGUGUUGCGGAAAUGUGUGCGUUGCGUUGGGUUUGUGGCCGUAUAAGAAAGUAAUGAGUUUGGAACGAUGAUAUAUGUGGUAUGGUAAGGGUAGUGCCAAUUGAAGAAAAGAGGUCGAGAUGGUUUGGAUAUAUCCAAUGAAGUCCUCUAGAGGCACCAAUGCAUUUUGGAUUCUAAGGUGUGAUAGCAAUGAAAAGUGGGACAGGAGAAGACUGAAAUUGAUAUGGGACGAUACAAUAAAAGGAGACUUGAAUGGACAGAAUAUAGCACAAAAAUUAGUUUGAACAAGAGUGCAUGUAAAACAAGAUAUCCACGUGUCUAAAUCUUGUGGUUUUCUGUUGGGUUUGAACUCUAAACUAUCCAACUUGCGAUAAAAAGCUUCGUUGUUGUGGAUAAGAUGUCUAGCGUGGAAUAAAUAGUUUGUUGGACACGAGAAGUGAUUCCAUCCAGGGGAAAUCAGUGUGCCCAUAUUUCAUGCAUUGUGGAAAGUGCAAAAAAUAUUGUAUUGUAUUCCUUCUAAUGUGAGUGUGCAUUUGUAUUGUUUUUGUUUCUUGCAACUAUUACGCAAAUAUCCAGGGUCUCGGAAAGGAUGGCAGCGGUAUCAAGGAACCAGUCCAGGCAAAAUCCGUGGACGUCAGGGCUGGACUAGGAAGUCAGCAGCGGAAGGCUGAUCCAAUCCUGGAGGCCAAAGCCGGAGACAGCUACAAAACCAUCAUCCAGAAGAAGGCCAUGGCAAGAUUCAAGGAGAUGUCCUAGCUAGACCUUUUUUUUUUGUAUAUUCGGUUGUCGUAUUUUGUCGUCCGUAUACUUUUUUUUUUACAAUCUGUGCACUGUUUUGCUUGUGUUUUUUUUCUUCACAAACCUAGCCACUGAAUUGUGAUUUAUUAUCCUCAAAGGGGCACCGUGUUUAUCUUAUUAUUACUAUGUAGUUCGAGACCUGGAUGCUUUUUUUUU